UUGGCAAAGGAAAAAUCCAUUUCCAAUGUUGCAUCGUUUAUUUUUUCCAAUACCUCCUAGAACCUGUCACCAACGCUUUGCUAAACUUAACAUAUGAACCCAACUAAUUGGCACCCUCGGGGUGAGACAGAGUAUAUCAAUAGCUAUGCCUCAGACACAGACAACACAAACCCCUCCAUCCCCCUCACAGUAUGUCAUGCCAUUGUUUAUGGCUGCUGGCAGAAUGAUAUGCUUGGUAGCUGCUUAAGAGCUGUGGUGCCUGAAUUGGCACAACAUUUGCCAAAGGAUGCUGUAAGGAGAAGGUUGUGUUUUUGUUGCCAAACAAAAGAAGCAAGUGUUAAAUUUAUUUUCUUUUGCGAUAAGAAAAAAGUCUUUUAAAUACUAAAUUUUAUUAUAAUUUUGGAAACAAAAUGCCAACUACAUGUGAAUUCGAAUUGGAUCGCUUGAAUCCGAUUUAUUCCUCGGGAGAAUACAUCAAUGGACGCAUACUAUUGCGUACGGAAAAAGUGAAGCGUGUUAAUGCCGUCUAUGUAACACUGGAAGGUGAGGCGAAGGUUCAAUGGUCGAUAAGUGGCCGAGAAUCGGCGAGUUAUUGCGGCCACCAACAGUAUUUGUACUCACGUGCAAAUGUCUUUGACAACUCGGAGUUUGCGGCAGGUCUGCAUGUGUAUGUGUUAACAUUGCGUAUACCACCCGACUGCCCCUCGUCCUGCAAAGGACCCUAUGGCUAUAUUGCCUACAAUAUUUCCCUGGUUAUUGACAAACAAAGGACAUUUGAUGAAGUGUUUCGCAAACCUAUUUGUGUGGUGCAAACGCUGGACUUGAACUUUCAUCCGGAAUAUGCGUUGCCCGUCAAAGCUGAAAACAUCAAAUAUCUAUGCCAGUGGCCUUGUACCUCAGGUCCCCUGUGCUUUAGCCUUAUGCUACCCUAUGCCGGCUUUGUACCCGGCCAACACAUCAAAUACUUUCUCGAGCUAGACAAUCAGUCACCGCAUUAUGACAUUGUGGGCGUGGAGGCAUCUCUGAAGCAGCACUAUGUGUUUUUGGCGCGCAAACCCAUGAAACGCAAUUUCCACACGAAAACAUUGGUCAAGAGCAGCAUCGACGAGAGCACACUGCGCCUGACCAAACGUCUAUACGAGGGCACGCUCUAUGUGCCGAACGAUAUACCAAGGUCAACGCUAAAUCUCAACUACAUUGUCUUCAUACACUAUAUGCUGCAGGUCAAGCUGAAAACGGGUGCCUUCCACUAUGACACUGACAUUUCGGUUCCGGUCAUAAUUGGCACCGAGCCAUUGCGCCAAUUUCGCGAAGAACAACAACGGCUGCAGAGGAAUGCCAAUAGGAAUUGCAACAUUUGUACGGGCAACAAUAGCUGUCAACGAAGUGAUACGACGGCCAGCACGAAUAGUGGAGAAUCUGGUGGUAAUCUGGUAACAUCACAACCGACUUUGAGAUUACGUCGCGAGUUGGAAGAGCUGUUGGAGUCACAGGAAGAGGAAGUGAUUAGUGAUACUAAUUUGAAAGAUGUUCUGGACGAUGAACCGCCUUCGUACGACAGUUGUUUACCGCCAUCGUUUAGUUUUGCCACCACAAUGGGAAGUCAGGCUGCCAUGGAAGUAUCGGAAGUAAAACGGAUCGAACAACAACGAAUCAAUAUUCAACUGCCACAAUUCCCCGGUUACAACACCUUCAACUCGCACACCCAAUCGCCGUGUUAUCCAUCGGACUCGUUGCUAGACGAAGAGCAUUUUUAUAACUCCUGCCGAUCAUUGAUGACCGAUCGUACAGGAAGGUCUUUGGAUACCCUAGAUGUUCUUAGCAAUGAAGAAGACAAUGAGAAUCCCAAUAAUGGAGAGAGCAUCGAUGAUGAGAGGGAAGAUGGAAACGCAAUUGAUGAGAACAAUGAAGUCGAGCCAAAUAAUGCCACUGAUUCUGGAGGAGAAGAAGAAGCACAUGAAGAUGUUGCCAAAGAAGACAAUUGAAUUACAGACCUUAGUAUUAAACUAUGGGAAUAUACUUUUUGCCGACCAUUAGUAAUAGAGCAAUAUAUACAUACAUCGGGACUAUAUAAAUCUGUAGUAUAAGAGUUUUGGGUUAUUCAAUUAUUUUCGAAUACGCAAACAAAUAUUUUAUAAAUAUUAGCCAGCCAUACCGAAAAAUUCUAUUCCAAACUAAUUUUUGUCUAGUAUACGAUAUUCAUAAAACUAUAUAAACUUAAAAUGAAAAUUCUCUUAGUCAUGGCUGCCAAAAAUAGGUAAAAUAAUUUAGUUAUUUAAAACAACAAUUACUCUAUGACUGAAAGUAAAAUUAAAUUAAAAUUCUCAAAAAUUAAUUAACGUCCAAAUUAACAUUCAUUUCGAUUUGCUUUAAAUUUAUAUUAACAAAUGUGUAAGACAACAUGCCAAAAAUAUGCCUUUCAACCAAAUGAGAUACCUCAUUGUAUUUUAAAAAAUAAUA